AUCGGAUCCAGCCUAGGCAGCUGCAAGAGAAAAAGGGAAGGAUUGUGUAAGAUCAAACUCUUGCUAUGGCUGCAGCGGUGUGGACUGAUCGAGGACGGAGGGCUGUGGCUGUUGUCAGUACAGUGACUAGAUCCAGAUCCAGUCACACCGCUUUAAAAUCCCAGUAUGACGCACUGGUCAUCGGAGGAGGACACAAUGGACUGGUGGCAGCUGCCUAUCUUCAAAAGGGAGGACUGAAGACAGCGGUGCUGGAGCGCAGACAUGUGCUGGGAGGAGCAGCUGUUACAGAGGAAAUCUUUCCUGGUUUCCUCUUCUCCAGGUGUUCCUAUUUGCUAAGCUUAUUAAGACCGCACAUAUGUGCAGACUUGGAGCUCAAGAAACAUGGGCUAAAGGUGUAUUUGAGGGAUCCCCAUGCUUUCACCCCCUUGUUGGAGGAGGGGGUGAGCGGUGCCCCACCAAGGUCUCUCACCCUGGGCUCAGAUCUGGCCAUGAACCAAAUGGAGAUUGGCAAGUUCUCACAGAAGGACGCUAAGGCCUUUCCAGAUUUUGUUGCACACCUUGAGAAGCUAGCAGGAGCUAUCCACCCUCUUUUGGAUGCUUCUCCUGUCGACAUUCCAGGUGUUACCACUGGAUCACUGAGGAAGAGACUGGCUUCAGCUAAAACACUGAUGCCUAUUGUCAAAUGUGGUCUGAAACUGGGCAGAAACAUUCCAGAUUUUUAUGAGAUACUAACUGCACCAAUAAUGAAGAUCCUCAAUCGGUGGUUUGAGUCGGAGCCACUGAGAGCAACACUGGCUACUGAUGCUGUGAUAGGAGCCAUGACCAGUCCAAGUAAUCCUGGUAGUGGGUAUGUGCUCUUGCACCAUGUAAUGGGAGAGUUGGAGAAGGAGAAGGGAGCAUGGGGUUAUGUGGAGGGAGGCAUGGGAGGCGUGUCUCAGGCUAUUGCCAGCUCUGCUCGAUCCUAUGGUGUAGACAUUUUCACUGAGAAGGAUGUAGCACAGGUCUUGGUUGGUUCAGAUGGUGCUGCUAAGGGUGUGGUGCUAAAGGAUGGCACAGAGAUCCACAGUAAAGUUGUUUUAUCAAAUGCUACCCCACAUGUUACCUUCAAGAACCUCACACCACAGGCUGCCCUUUCUCCAGAGUUCAUCAAAGCCGUAGAUCAAAUAGACUACACUUCACCUGUGACCAAGAUCAAUGUGGCAGUGGACAAGCUACCAAACUUUCUAGCAUCUCCCACACCAGAUGAUAAACCUGGACCCCACCAUCAGUGCUCCAUUCAUCUCAACUGUGAAAGCGUGGAGCUCCUGGAGACUGCAUACAAGGAGGCCAUAAAUGGACGUCCCUCAGCAAGACCCAUGCUGGAGAUGACUAUCCCCUCUGUGUUGGAUCCUACUCUGGCUCCCCCUGGCUGCCAUACGGUGUCACUGUUCACCCAAUUCACCCCCUACCACAUAGAGGGCAGGGAGUGGACUGACCAGGACAGGGAGGCCUAUGCAGACACUGUAUUUGACUGGGUGGAGCAAUACGCACCAGGGUUUAAAAAGUCGGUUGUGGGCAGGGACAUCUUGGCUCCACCUGACCUGGAGAGGAUCUUUGGGCUCACUGGAGGGAAUAUUUUCCAUGGAUCAAUGUCGCUGGACCAGCUCUACCUAGCACGACCUUUGCCCUCUCUCUCAGACUACCGUUCACCAAUUAAAGGGCUGUAUCUGUGUGGCAGUGGCUCUCAUCCAGGUGGUGGUGUGAUGGGUUCUCCCGGCUGGAAUGCAGCGCUCGCUGUCAAGGCUGACCUGAAACGUCGCUGAAACAUCUGAUGCCAUCAGUGUGUAAUCAAUCAGUGUUCAGUUUCUUUUGUCGGAUUUGUGUGAAUUUGACUGAUUUGAGAAAAUAAUUUCAAAACUCACUCCAACUAUCUAUCUGAUCAGCUGUCUCUCCACCAUAUUAUGUUUGUUAGGGUAUCUGAAAAGUACGGAGCCCCACUGUUCCCACUUUGUCAAAAAAAAUGUAUUAUAACUAUCUCGUAGCCACGAGAUAGUAUCUUGAGGCAUCAA